UUCAUCUAGUUUGCUUACUUUAAAAAAUCUUCUCCUUUGAAACUGCUGAAUCAAUUUCAGCAAACUUGGGCUGAAUGAGUUUCAGAGUAUCUAGUAAACAAUUUGUAUUUUAUUUCCUUGUACGUCAAGAACUUAGCCACUAUGGCUAAAAUGGAACAUAGGGGUAAAUGCAUGUUUUUGCUUUUGAAGAAAAUAUGACCGAUACAAAGAACAUUUUAAUGGCAUUUUUAAGCCACUCAUUAAUAUAUAUUGAAAAGCAAAAAUAAUCAUUGAUGAAAGAUUUAAGCAAAACAUUACAGGUGAGCGAUUCAGGCUCUUGAGAGCCUCUUGUUAUUUAUCUAUUUACAGCUCCUAGGAAACUUGACAUAGUUAAAUGCACUGAUUGUUCAAUAAACAUUGAAUGGUUUAGUGAUGUCCCAGACGAGUGCCUAUCAUAUGAGCUUGAUCAUCGACCUAAAGGAACAAAUGACUGGUCUACCGGAACAUUCCUUUCUGAAGAAGUAUUGGAAGCGGAAGAUGGACGACGCAUGUACACACUUCAAAAUCUGCUACCUGAAACAUAUUAUGAAUUAAAAAUGCGUUCUGUUUAUAAAGAUGCCAAAAGCCAUUAUUCGGAGUCUAUGACCAAGCAGACACUUAAACUAGUUUUGCCAGAAGCCAUAAAUCAAUUAUCAGAGGAAGAUAAAAUCAGAUACAAAAAGCUUAUGGACAGUUCCCAAACCGAAAACCGAUAUUUUGUAAGAAUUAUGAUAGUUGGAAAGGAAUCGGCUGGAAAAACAUGCUUAUUGAGAAGAUUAUUGAAGGAAAGCAUAUCUGAUGUCUCUAGCACAGAUGGCGUUGACAUUGUUGUUCGUAGAUGUAAAAUCAAUAUAGAAGAUGGGAAAUGGACCAUCGACAAAGAUAUUGAUGAUGAUAAAGAAGACCGAAUAAAGAGAGCACUUACUCCAAAUGAUAAUUCAAAAAUUACAACAGAGGAUUAUAGAGAGAAGGAUUUGGCUGAAUUAGAAAAAAUACAAAAAACUGGUAGCAAUGCACUAGAUAAAAUGUCAAAAAUCGAAAAUAAAUUAUCCCCGGUAGACAUUACACAUGAUGUAUCUGGUCAUAAGAAAGACAUUACGGAAAUGUGCGUAGAUGCGACAAAGGGAGACACUAUAACGCAUCAUGAGGAACUAUCUGACAAAGAAAAUAUUGACGAAAAUAUAGAUGAUAAUGGGCCUUCGUUAUUGGUUAUGCCUGAGGAUUUGAUGUCUCAUGUGCUAACUUACUCAGCUACAAAUACUUCAUCGAACCUUUAUGCAUUAUGUGAAUUAUGGGACUUUGCAGGACAAAAGGAAUUUUAUGCUACACAUCAAGCAUUUUUGACAAGUAAUGCGGUAUACCUUGUUGUUGCAGAUAUGAAUAGCGAUAUCAGCAAACAAAGCACUAGUCAGUGUUUUGCUAAUUUUCAGGAUGUUGGAGGGUAUGUUGAUUUUUGGUUUGAUUCUAUCCAUUGUCAUCGAACGGUCGACAAUCCAGUGACUGAGCACUUUGAACCUCCUAUUCUAUUAGUUUUUACUGGAAAGGAUAAAUGUGACAAGGCACAGUUUACAAAAAGAAAAGAGGAGCUUGAUAAACAAAUAGAUGAAGUUUUGGGACACAGAAGCAAAUAUCAUCACUUGCACGAAAAGUUUUAUUUGUCAAAUACAGAAGAUUCUGAGGAAGAAUUCUUAACGUUACAAAACGCAAUCUUCAAGACUGCCAGAAAAAUGGAUAUUUGGGGUAAAGCUUUUCCGUUAAAAUGGAUUCUUUUAGAGCAAUUGAUUGAAUUAAAUAAAGACAAUGGGAAAAAUUUUAUCACUUUUACUGACAUGGUCAAUAUGGGUAAACAUCCUGAUAUCAAUAUACUAAAAAAAAAAGAUUUGUUGAUGUUUCUUAGAUUUCAACAUAAUGUAGGGAAUGUUAUUUUCUUUGAAAAUAUUCAGGAU